AUGGCAUCACGACACGCCCCCAAACAGAACCCUGUUGAGCGGCGGAAAGGCGAAUCAGCUCUAAGCGAAUUCGCCGACUAUGUAGAGAAGCAGCAGGCACUGCGCCGACCACCCGGGCAGACACCCGCCGUUCUUGAAGACCACGAUGAGCUGAGCAUCCUGGACGAGCUUGGCCUUUCCGACGAUAACAGCGCGCAUAUCCGCCUGAGGACGCUGCUUACGGACCCCGCUGAGGAGAAUGUCCCAGCGCUUGUUGGGCAUAUCAGGGAGCGCUUGGCGGAGGGCCAUGGCGAGGCGCUGUUCGACGUCGGACUCGAGGACAAUGGCGAAUCCAUGGGGUUCUCAAAAGAGAACUGGGAGUUCGCUCUGGAGCGGAUAGGAGUUGCCUGUGAAGAGCUGAAGGCCGACUACAAGAUCCUCAUGACGCGCAAUGUGGGCGGCGACGCUGAGGUUGGGCCGAGGGACGCAAAAGAGACGGGCGUGAGUGGCAAGAUGAUCCUGCGACAACGGCCAGAGAGCGUGGAUAAUGUCAUCGAGACGCGGAUAGCGGUGGUCGGCAAUGUCGAUGCGGGCAAGAGUACCAUGCUUGGUGUACUUGUUAAGGGCGGGCUUGACGACGGCCGUGGCAAAGCGCGGGUAAAUCUUUUCCGUCACAAGCACGAGAUUGAGAGUGGCAGAACCAGUUCUGUGGGUAUGGAGAUUAUGGGUUUUGACAGCAAGGGCGAGAUUGUUGUCUCAAAUACUGCCGGCCGAAAGCUCACAUGGGAGGAGAUUGGACGUCGAUCUGCGAAAGUGAUUAGCUUCACUGAUUUGGCGGGUCACGAACGAUAUCUCCGCACCACCGUCUUCGGUAUGCUAUCUAGCGAGCCCAACUACUGUUUGCUGAUGGUCGCUGCGAACAACGGUCUCGUCGGCAUGAGCAAAGAGCAUCUCGGUAUUGCUCUCGCGCUGAAUGUGCCAGUCAUGGUCUGCAUAACCAAAAUUGACAUUUGUCCUCCGCAGAUUCUGGAGCAGACCAUAACACAGCUCACCAAAAUUCUCAAGUCGCCUGGCGCGCGGAAAAUACCCAUCUUCAUCAGUAAUAAGGAGGAGUGCAUCAACACUGCGACUCAAUUCGUGUCUCGUCGAAUAUGCCCCAUCUUCCAGGUGUCAAAUGUCACCGGAUACAAUCUUGACUUGGUUCGCACCUUCCUCAACAUAUUGCCCCAUCAUGGCAACUACGACAGUUCAGCCCCUCUCGAGUUCCAUGUUAACGACACGUUCUCCGUACCUUUCGUCGGCACCGUAGUUUCAGGUGUGGUCAAGUCAGGUGUAGUCCACGCAGGCGAUACCAUCUUGGUCCCUGGUUGUUCCGCUGGUCAGUCCGCCAGUCUGGCGCUGCGAAAUGUCAAGAGGAAAGACGUCCGGAAAGGCAUGGUCGUCCUGCACAAGCCUGACAAGCCUGAUGCAGCGACUGGUGUCCCUCCGAACCCCAAGGUCUACCGCGAGUUCGUCGCCGAAGUACUGAUUCUGUCGCAUGCAACCACCAUAAAGACCAAGUACCAGGCGAUGCUGCACGUCGGGCCCGUGUCCCAAACAUGCGCCAUUAUCGACAUCGAUCGUCAGUACAUACGAACAGGUGAUCGAGCACAGGUUGCAUUUCGAUUCGUGCAGCGACCGGAGUACUUGACUGUUGGCGAUCGAAUAUUGUUCCGUGAGGGUAGGACAAAAGGGUUGGGUAUCGUCAAGCAAGUUGGUUAUGACCCCAAACAUCCGCUGAAUCCGGAUCUCCAGAAAGAGAAAGACCAGGAGAAUGGCAAGGAGAACCAGCAGGAUGGGAAGAAGAUGGAGGCUUCGUGA